AUGGGCUCCUGCCUCAGGGAGGAGGGUGAGGAACAUGGCACCACUGAGAUCUCCUGCCCCAGGCCUGGUCUUCUCAGGACACCCCCUCCCACCUCUUCCUUGGGUUUCCUCUUGCCUUUUAAUGUCUGCCGCACAGUGCUGGGGGCUGGGUCAGAGGCACAGGCUUUUCUAAAGGGAUCAGGAACUAACCCAGGACAUCAGAGCCAGGCCCUCUGGGUGCUGCCCGACCUGCAACAGGGCCAGGCUAUCUGGUGUAUUGAGGGAGGGUGGAAGCACCCCACCCCCUUUGGAAAGCUCCCUCUCCUGUGUGCCUGUGGAUCCAUCCUCCCCACCAAGCCCCGGGCCACAGGCCCAUCCUGCCUCUGUCAUGUGAGUAGCCACAAAGUGGUCCACCUGCCCCUGGCCCACCUGCCUUCCAUCUGUCUCUGGUUUGGGCUCAGCCCCAUGCAUUGCUUCUUGUCAGGGACCCUGAGAGACCUGUCUCCUGUUCCAGUCUUGAAUGGGCCAUGGAGCCUGGGUGAUGAGAGCAGGAAGUCAGAUACUGGUUUACCUGGGCCCAGGGGGGGGAGAGGUGGCUCUCAGAUCUUCUUCCAACACUGGGAACUGCAUCAGCGAGGCACUGCCACUACCCCCGCUAGACGUGGAACUGUGGCGAGUGGGCGCCGUGAAGGCAAUGUGGGGAGCUUCAGGGAACAGCGCCAAGCACAUCUCUCAGCUCUAACAGUACUCAGGGACUAGGACAACAGGGACUGGGGUGGGGGCAGCGCUGGGCCAGAGUGAAGCUGCUGGAGCUGCAAUGGGCGUGGCCCCGGAGCCCCCACGGGCAUCCUGCGCCACUGCGCCCCCGGGAGUCCUAAAGAUCUUUGGCAGGUGCUUGACGUCGAGUGCCAACUACAAGAGGGUGCUGGCCACGGCGCGCUCCACAGCGCGGGAGCUGGUGGCUGGAGCGCUGGAGCGCUAGGGGCAGCGGCGUGGACGCCUUCGCGCUGUGCGA